AUGAGGUGUCUUGAAGAGGAUUUAAUAAUCGUACCAGAAGUAAUCGACAAAACUGACGAUCCUUUGGUGACUUCACAAUCACAAACAAUACGAACAGAAUUGCUUCAAACUGAAGCAAGUUCCUAUGUUGAUUUGCUACCAUCAAGUUCAUCCAUCGUUUCAUUUCCUUUACCUCAGCGUAUUAAGGCUUAUCGAGGCUCGUCAGCACCGAGACGGAGUCAAUCGUCUAGUGACGUUAGUAAAAUUUCAAAGCCAUGUACAAGAUCAUCAGUUCGUGUGAUUGAAAAGGAGUUUCCUCCAAAUCCAAAAGCUAACAAGAAACUGAAUAUCAAAGUUAUCAUACGUAAAUUUAAAUACCGCAUGAACAAAAUAUAUCAGUUACAGAAAGAGAAGAUUGAUCAACUGAAGACUGUCAACGAACGACAGCGAAAACAGAUAUAUAGAUUAAAAUACCAAAGUGCUAAAUUAAGAGAAUAUGAACAUAUAAUAAAAAUAAUACUGAAGAUAUUAAACAAAGUGAAUCAGACACUAUAA